GUGCCGAGGGGCAAUCUGACGCUAACACAACAUCACGUGUUUCUCGGACAGCUACCAGAACGCACCGUGGUAGGCUGGUAUCCAACGCUGCCUACAACGGAUCCUACGCCAAGAAUCCCUUCAACUUUCAGCACUUUAACCUCAAUUUUCUCACGGUCCAUUUGGACGGAAAGCAAAUGCCGUUCACUCCUCUGAAGCCCGACUUCCACGUUUUCGUUGCCUCGACCCUAAAUCUCGUGGUCUUGACUGCCGAACGCUACGUCGCCAUAAUGUACCCAUUCAAGUACUUAACUCACUUCCGCAAGAAGCAAGUCGUAGUUAUGCUAACAGUUUGGUCAGUGGCCAUAUUGUACAAAAGUCAUAAUGCCUUUUAUUACACAAUUGAGGAUGAAACUUGCAAAUUUCGUAAUUUGUCAAAGGAGGCUAGCAUAGCAAUGGGAACUACUGCAUUCUUCUUUGAGUAUCUGAACCCAUUAAUCUUCAUGUCUUUCUGUUACGUCCACAUCAUACAUCAGUUGAAGAAAUCCUCGUCCAUCGUCAACCCUGAAUCAUCAAGCAACCAACAAAGCGACAAUAGCAUGAGCGGCUCCCUGCUUCGCGCUCGACGUAACACGCUGAAAACCUUCUUCAUCGUUUUCGUGACGUACACCAUCUGCUGGUCACCCAAUCAGAUCGCGUUUUUCGUGUUCAACUUUGGGCUGCCGUUGAAUUUCCAAGGGGUCUUCUACAACAUGUCCAUGGUGUUGGUCCAACUGAAUACAUGUGUUAAUCCCAUUAUCUACGCCUUCAAGUACAGACAGUUCCAGAACAGUUUGAGAGUUUUAUUCAAGCCGUGUUUGCCUAACCUUCCCUUGAGAGUCGACCAACAAUUGGCAUCUACCAUUUCAUCCAGAUUGCAGCCAUUAAAGUCCCAAAAGAUGCGAGCUAAAAGUCAGGAGAUGAGGGAGAACUCUUGAAGACUUGGAGCUCUCCAUGACCACCUCUUUCCGAGAUAGUAUGUACGAACGGAAUAAAUUCUUUAGAUACCGUGCACUUUUUGUCCGAGAGUUAUCAAAUGAAAUGGUGUAAUCAAAUUGUAGACUAAUAAAUUAUUGAAUAUCAUAAUAAUGAACAUGUAUUAAUCAUUUUGCAAGAUAUCGUUGACGUAGCGCUGGAUUAUUAAUUACCCAUGCUUUUGGCAGUUGGCAAUUUUUAUUUCGGGAUAUACAGGUACAAGUAGGAUCUACAGUUUGACACAGAGCGCACAAGACAUGGGUGAAACUUUGGGUCUAUAUUUGCACAGUUGAUCAUGUGAUUUGAAGAGUUCAGAUCAAUUGGAGAGUAACGGUCACAAAAACAGAAGAGGGAAGAAGGAGAAAAAAAUGGGAGACCUGCUCAAGAGCAUUCUUUGAUGUCAAUCUAGGGGCAUUUAUUACUAAGUUGCGUCGCUCUGAUUUCUGCUGCGGCACAUUAAUUUUCAACAUCAAUGUCUGUGCUUUGAAUGUGGGUUAAAUACAUACUACAAAUCUACUACAUCAUACUACAGCGAUCUUAACCUUAGAUAUCCUUAAAAGGACGCAGGCUUAUCUGUUAUUUGCACUUUUCGUGCUAAAUGUAUCAACUUUAUUGCAGCUUCUUCCACAUUCUCUUGUGAGUGUACAAUCCGAAAUUCUGUCGACGUUUUGUGGCACAAUUACUGACUACAGCUAAGUGCAUGUAGAGGUAUAUAUGUUACAUGUAUACAUCUAUUACGAACGUAUUUCACGCAAAGGCACUCGGUGAAGUCUUGUCGAAGUGAGAAUAGACUACAUUUAACAUGCGUCUAUGGUCUGUGCACGAGCUAAAAUGGCGUCGCUGGCAGUGCACGUCAAAAUAUUAAAAACCACAGCAAUUUCAUUUAAAACUAUAAGAAAUCAAAAGAAGCUGUAUAAUUACAUGUAUAUUAAAAUAUAAAUGAACUUUAUGUUAGUGAACAUUACAUGGAUGGAUGUAGAGAGCAUAUCAAAAGGCAACCGGAGAAAGUUACUGCAAUGCCAAUGAGAGCAGAAAUUCAUGUAAGAGCUUAUUCUUAAAAAAUAACCACAAAUAAAGUGUUCCAACUACAACUCCGACUAAGUGGGCAUCGUGUAACUAGUCACUUCGUAAUGUCUGUAUACACCUUUUUCACCCACGUGACUAAAUGUAAACAAAACCACCACGUGUGGACCGCCUUGGCCACGGUGAUCGCAUGUAUA